GCCAGCGAACAGAGAGGAAUGACCAACUGAACAGCUAAAGGGCAACCACCCUGGUCGCCGGUCGUAGACUGCAGCCGGUGGAGGUCACCAGGCAGCGUGACCACAUUUCAGGACUUUAACUGGACUCCUGGGAGUGGCUAAGUGUGAAACACCAGCAAGCUCAGAGACAUCCAGCCAGGAAAGACCCCAAGAGACGGCUCCACGGGGGGUGGGCUUGUCGCUUUAAGAGAAGAGAUCAGCUGCGUUAUGACAUCCUUCAAAAAGUGACCACAGCUGAGUAGCAGCCACCGUCCAUCUCAGAUGUGACAGUGUCAGGAGUGACCUGCAGGAAUCCACACCUCAUGUGACUCCUCAUCAUAGUCAAGCAAGAGAAAGACCACCAAAGCGUAAGCCGACCUGACUGGGCGACGUCUGCAUCAGGAGUGUCUGAGGGUCUGCUCCGCCUGGAGAUGACGGCCAAUCAGCAGCAGGAUGCCAAGGCCCCGCCCCCGAGUGACCCCCGGGAUCUGGAAUGCUCCAUCUGCUUCAGCCAGUUCAACAACGUCUUCCGGGCCCCCAAAAUGCUGCAGUGCCAGCACACCUUCUGCCUCGAGUGCUUGGCCCGCAUGAACGUAAAGUCGGACAACCCCCAGGCCAUCCAGUGCCCACUGUGCCGCAGCCUGACCUCGCUGCCCACCCUGGGGCUGCCCAAGCUGGACACCAAUGUCAACAUCCUGUCCUACCUGCCCGAGGCCAUGCAGCGCGUCUACAGCAUCCGCUUCGUCCGCAGCAGGGGGCGCCUCGUGGUCAAGCAGACCAACACCCGUAGCCUGCCCUCGCUGUGCACGGUCAGCCAGACGCUGGACGUGGGGCUGCCGGAGGAGCAGGGGGCUCAGACCCAAGGCUGCAGUCAGCGGCUGGGACAGAUCAGCAGGACCCGCUGGUGCCGCAUCCUCAUCCUGCUCCUCCUCAUCACCUGUAUGGUGCUGGUCAUCAGCCUCAUCAUGGUGCAGAAGGGCUGACCACUGGGUCUGGGCCUAGUGGGACAUUUCUGAAGUGACCACACGGAUGACAUGACACCUCAGUAGAGAGGCAUUUCAGAGAAAUGACCACAGCAUGAGAUACCUCAAGGCUGACCACUGGGUCUGUGCCUGGUGACGAAUGUCAGAAGUGACCAUUGUGGACAAAUGACCACAACACCUGGGUCUAGUGUGGCGUUUCAGAGGUGACCACUGCACAUAAAUGACCACAGAAGUGACCACUGCACCUGAGCCCAGUAUGACAUUUCAGAAGCGGCCAUCAAGGAGACCACCUCUGCAACUAAGCCUAGGGGGACAUUUCAAAAAGUAAACACUACAGAGAAGUGACCACAGCAUGAGACCUUCCUGAGGGCUGACCACAGCUCCUGGGACUACUACAGUGUGGCGUUUCAGAGAUGGACCACACGCUACGUGUGACCGCCACUGACCACUGUAUCUGGGCAUAGCGUGACAUUUCAGAAGUGACCACCGCACAUUAACAACCACAGAAGUGACCACUGCACCUGAGCCUGAGACAUUUCCAGAGUGAUCACUGCAGAGAAGUGACCACAGCAUGAGACCUUCCUAUGGGGCCUUUCAGAGAUGGACCACACGCUACAUGUGACCGCCAAAUGAUACAUCGGAGCUGAUUACUGUUUCUGGGCAUAGUGUGCCAUUUCAGAGGUGACCACUGCAGAGAGGUGGCCCCAGAAUGGGGUGACCAUGGCACCUGGACCUAAUGAGGAAGUGACCAAAGCCAUGAAGUGACUGGUCACAGAGUUGCCAGCAUAGUGCAGUAUGGCUAUUCCACAGGGUGACCGCAGCAGAGAAUUGACCCUCAUAAUCCUCAGUAAUUAACCCUAAGUUGGCCUCAGCUGUGAUGUGACCACAACAUGACCCAACAGAAAGCUGGCCAUCCAUCUCAGUGUUGAUGACUCACUGAGGACCCCUGGAGAACACAACUUGGCUCCCCUCAGUGCCACUGAACACCAGAAGCUGAAGAAUUUGUCACCGAGGUUACAGAAUUUCAUGUCACAUGGAUCCCCAGUGCAGAGCACCUCCAGCAUCGGGAGAUGUGGCACCCAGAACCAUGGUGUCCAUUGGCAUGACUGCACAGGUAUCGGAGAUGCCAGCGGUGGGACGGGGGGUUUGGGUUCUGCAUGUCAAGUCCAUCCUGUUCAUCCAGCUGACCCUUCUAUUGUGGCAUGAGAGCCACAUGGUGGGCAAUUUAAA